UUUUUUUUAAUUGGUCCCCUGACACCGCCCCUCCACCCAUCUGCUCGCCGGGCGGCCAAUCAGAUCGGUCCCUGCCUACCUGAGACCGGAGACACCUGGGCCGCUUGUUUACGGCUGUGUCCCCGAGCGUCGCCAGGGGAACCGAGGAGGCAGGACGGACGGACGGACGCCGCCCGGGAACGCUAUUGGACGAGGAUGAGGUGGAAGCAAAAAGAGAGAGAGAAAAAGAGACCGGUCCCAGAAUCCACACCUGGACCACCUGGACUCACCUGGACCACCUGGAGGGUCACAGCACAACAUCAUCCUAGAGGGUCUGAACGGAGCGCGCUCAGUGGAACACCAGCAGAACGUCCCCCAGCAGCAACAGCAGACAAUCAUGACAUUAGCAGACGACCGCGCGCUGGAGGAGCUGUUGUACGGAGGUGACCUUGGAGACCAGGUCGAGGGGGUGGAGCCUGUGUGCGCUGCUGCCACCGGGAUCCGGGAGAACGCCACCACGGACAACACUCUGACGGCGGUGUCCAUCCAGGAGCCAAUCAUCUGCGGCGGCUGUGGCGAGCAGGUGUGCGAUCGCUUCUUCCUAUUGGCUGCCGGCAGGGUGUGGCACAACGUGUGCCUGCGCUGCAGCCAAUGCCAGUGUGAGCUGCAGACACACCCCUCACUGUUCUGGAGAGACGGAAACAUCUACUGCCUCCUGGACUACUGCAGGUUGUUCGGAGGCGGUCAGUGCGCCCGCUGCCUUCAGCCAAUCCCAGCGUCCGCUCUGGUCAUGAGGUCCGGUGAGCUGACCUUCCACCCCCACUGCUUCUCCUGUCAGGAGUGUGAUGUUGCUUUAAUGCCCGGCAGCCUUUACUGCGUCCACGGUCAGAGCCUCUACUGUCAAUCACAUUACCAUGGCAACGGGAGCGCGCCCUUGUCCCAUGAUGCUCAGCCUCGACCGAACCUGAAGGAAGUCCAGAAUGAGGGGGAGGAGUCUGUCAGCAGCCCCGAGCCGCGAUUGGACGAAGGAGUGGCGGCGGGCGCGCGGGUUCGCAGGCGGACGAAGCGGAUCAGGACGUGUUUCCGCAGCGAGCAGCUCCGAGCGCUGGAGUCGUACUUCGCCCAGAAACACAACCCCGACGGUAAAGACUGGACCUGCCUGGCACACAAGACCGGACUGCCCAAGAGGGUCCUGCAGGUGUGGUUUCAAAAUGCUCGGGCCAAACUGAGACGCUCCCUCUCCGCUGACGACUCCCAGGUCGGCUCCCCCUCCUCCACCCCCAGGGCCGUAACCGUGGCAACCAGCACCCCAUCGCCAGCCCACUCCCCGGCCGACCAAUCGCAGCCGUUCCCCGGCAGCACCAUCGACCAUCUGCAGCUGUCGCUGCUCACCGCCCCGCUCAGCCCGCCGGCCGCCGCCCAGUCCCAGCAGCUCCACAAGCCCACCUUCUACUUGGACUACGACUCCCACAAUGCACCGGGUCGCAGCCCCUCCCUGGACGACGUCUACAGAGACUUAGGAGAAGGAGCGGAGGCCGAGGUGAACCCCGACAGUUUGUUCAGACGAAUGUUUUAAAGCACGAGUAACGUCCAAACACCAGAAAAUGAACAUGUAGUUGAAACAAAAACAAACCACAGAGUAGACGAAGUGUAGAGUAGACGACUGAAACAAUGCAAACAUUUAGUACCUGUGUACCUGUACGUACCCACCUGUAAACAACAACGCAAACAUUUAGUACCUGUACGUACCCACCUGCAAACAACAACACAAACAUUUAGUACCUGUACGUACCCACCUGCAAACAACAAUGGAAACAUUUAGUACCUGUACGUACCCACCUGUAAACAACAAUGGAAACAUUUAGUACCUGUACGUACCCACCUGUAAACAACAACACAAACAUUUAGUACCUGUACGUACCCACCUGUAAACAACAACACAAACAUUUAGUACCUGUACGUACCCACCUGUAAACAACAACACAAACAUUUAGUACCUGUACGUACCCACCUGUAAACAACAAUGGAAACAUUUAGUACCUGUACGUACCCACCUGUAAACAACUACACAAACAUUUAGUACCUGUACGUACCCACCUGUAAACAACUACACAAACAUUUAGUCCCUGUACGUACCCACCUGUAAACAACAAUGGAAACAUUUAGUACCUGUACGUACCCGCCUGUAAACAACAACACAAACAUUUAGUACCUGUACGUACCCACCUGUAAACAACAACACAAACAUUUAGUACCUGUACGUACCCACCUGUAAACAACAAUGGAAACAUUUAGUACCUGUACGUACCCACCUGGGGUCGGGCUGUUCUUACAUCCAUAUUUAACUUCUGUUCUUCUACCUGUUCUACAGUUUCUGUUUUUAUGCUAAAUAAACCUUCACGUCAUCACUUCGGUUCUCUGUGUUUCCUUAGAACGAAAACUGAACAAAUAUGAAGAAAAAUGAAAAACCUCUAAUUA